AUGGCUUCAUCUAUGAUUUACACUUCUUCUUCUUCUACCUUUCUAGGGUUUUCUCUGUUAUUGGUCUUCUUCCUCUGUUUUUCUUCUUCUUGGAAUGUUGUUAAUGGGUAUGAUGGUAUGGUAGGAGGAAGGAGGGAAGUUAAAGAUGUGAAGAACAAGAAAGAGGUUCAGGAGAUCGGGAGGUUUUGUGUGGAGAAAUACAAUAAAAACCAACGCCAUUACCAAAAAAGACAAGAAUAUCCUCUGGAAUUUAAGGAAGUUGUGAAGGCGCAGACACAGGUGGUUUCAGGGUUCAAGUAUUACCUCACAAUUUGUGCUUUUCAAGAUGGAAUCUCAAAGGUUUACGAUGCCAUCGUCGUUGUGAAGCCAUGGAUUCAGUCUAAACAACUUAUUACCUUCGCUCCAUCAAUUAAUUCUGACUACAAGUGUUCUCCCUCUUCUGCCUCUUAA